AUUCUACUUCUUCCCACUCUUAGAAAUGGUUGAGUCAAUGAAGAAGGUGGCCGGGAUGGACGUGGAAUUGACAGUAGAAGAAAGGAACUUGCUGUCUGUCGCAUAUAAGAAUGUGAUUGGAGCUAGAAGAGCGUCCUGGAGGAUAAUCAGCAGCAUUGAACAGAAAGAGGAGAACAAAGGCGGAGAAGAUAAACUCAAAAUGAUCAAGGAGUAUCGGACAACGGUUGAGACGGAACUGAAAUCUAUCUGUAAUGACAUUCUGGAUGUACUGGAUAAGCACCUCAUUCCAGCUGCAAACAGUGGGGAGUCUAAGGUUUUUUACUAUAAAAUGAAAGGAGACUACCACCGAUAUCUGGCAGAGUUUGCCAUAGGCAAUGACCGAAAGGAGGCUGCAGAGAACAGCUUGGUAGCCUAUAAAGCUGCAAGUGAUAUUGCAAUGACAGAACUUCCUCCAACACAUCCCAUUCGUUUAGGUCUCGCUCUCAAUUUCUCUGUGUUCUAUUAUGAAAUUCUUAAUUCUCCUGACCGUGCGUGCAGGUUGGCAAAAGCAGCAUUUGAUGAUGCUAUUGCAGAACUGGAUACACUGAGCGAAGAAAGUUACAAGGACUCCACGCUUAUCAUGCAAUUGUUACGUGAUAAUCUGACACUAUGGACUUCAGAUAUGCAAGGUGAUGAUUCCUAAAGGAAACCCACGUGUCCCUUUCCUAAAUAUUCUUUGUGAAGAACAGAAUAAAGAAGCACUGCAGGAUGUGGAAGAUGAAAAUCAGUGAGACCUUAAAAGCCAAGAAGAGACCCUCUCUAACCAACUGCCCCUUCCCUCCAAAUAUCCCGUCUCACUCUGAGGACCAUCAAAAUUUGACUUUUACACUGGUUCUCAGGAUUUAGGUUCCUGCCCAGUUGGGUGUAUCAUUUUUACACAGUUUAAGAAUUCUUAAAGGCAAGAGUGAAUGACUGUGGAUUUUGCUGCUGCUGCUGCCAGCCAUCUUAGGUUCUUUAAGACACUAACAGGACUGCAUAGAGGCUUUUUCAGCAUUAGAUAUGUCUCCGUGCCAUCCAGCACUAUAACCUCUUAGAAACACAUAGAACGGGCAAAAGACGUUACUCCUUAGGGCAGACCAGAGUCAAUCGCACUGUAGAAUUUGUGUGGUGGCUUUUUUUUUUUGUUUUGUUUGUUUAUUUUUUUUGUUUUAUUUUUUAUAAAUGUUUGAAACUGAAUUUAAUUGUUUGAGAUGUGGUUAGAGCUUGACGUCGCAGAUUGCUUCAGAAUGUCCUUGUAGUGGUUUUGCUGUACAAGUGUUUUCAAACUGUGCAAAAAAAAAUAAUAAUGUUGCUGAAAACUCUGGUGCUGGUAUCACGUCAGCAGUCCGUGUUUAUUCAUUCUUGCCUCCUUUUUACUUUCCCUCCUCAGAGCAGGUUAGCAUUGGAGCUGGUGUUGAAUAGCCUGCAUGCGUGUUUAAAAUUUUUCGUUUUUCUAUCUUCUCCCUCCCUACCUCCGCCCCUUCUUUCUCUUGCUCAACCUAUCUUUCGUUCAGUAUGUGUAACUUGAAGCUAAUUUGUACUACUGGAUAUCUGACUGGAGCCACAGAUACAGAAUCUGUCAUUGUUCUUACUGAAACACAGCAUGGAAUUAACAUUAAACUUAAAUAAACAAAACCUAAAUUAAAAAUGCCAAAUAUUACCGUUA